UCGGAAGCACGGCGGGUGGCGGCGGUGCCCCGAGUGAGAGACCGCGCGAGGCCCAUGCAGGACGCGGAGAACGUGGCGGCGCCCGAGGCGGCCGAGGAGCGGGCUGAGCCCACGCGGCAGCAGCAGCCGGCAGCCGAGCCGCCUCCCGAGGAGGAGUCGGCAGGGUCUGGCUCACCCGGGGUGGCAGUGACUGCGGACGCCGACGAAGAGACGGCGGCCGAGUCGGAGGCCGAGGUGAGGGCCGAGCGGGCGGAGGAAGACGCGCCAGCCCCCGACGGGUCGCCCCCGCCGCGGUCCCCCGAGGAGGCCGCCCCGAAGGUCGAGACCCUUGCUCCGGCUCAGGCCGAUGGUCCUGGGGAGCAGGCCGAUGAACAGUCCCUCGAUGGCCCAGCCAGUGGGUCGGCUGAGGAGGCGAGCGGUCCCGAGGCCGGCGCGGCCGAGGCUGAGCCGCAGGCAAUAGAGAACGGCGAGGCGGACGAGCCUUCCUUCAGCGACCCCGAAGACUUCGUGGACGACGUGAGCGAGGAAGAAUUACUCGGGGACAUACUGAAAGACCGGCCCCAGGAGGCAGAUGGAAUUGAUUCUGUGAUUGUAGUAGACAAUGUUCCUCAGGUGGGUCCAGACCGACUUGAGAAACUCAAAAAUGUCAUCCACAAGAUCUUUUCCAAGUUUGGGAAAAUCACAAAUGACUAUUAUCCUGAAGAGGAUGGAAAGACAAAAGGAUACAUUUUUCUGGAAUAUGCGGCCCCUGCCCAUGCUGUGGAUGCUGUGAAAAAUGCCGAUGGCUACAAGCUGGACAAGCAACACACGUUUCGGGUCAACCUAUUCACCGACUUUGACAAGUAUAUGACCAUCAGUGACGAAUGGGACAUUCCAGAGAAACAGCCUUUCAAAGACCUGGGAAAUCUGCGUUACUGGUUGGAAGAGGCAGAAUGCAGAGAUCAAUAUAGUGUGAUUUUUGAGAGUGGAGACCGUACAUCCAUAUUCUGGAAUGAUGUGAAAGAUCCUGUGUCAAUUGAAGAGAGAGCAAGAUGGACAGAGACGUACGUCCGUUGGUCCCCGAAGGGCACCUACCUGGCUACCUUUCAUCAGAGAGGUAUUGCUCUCUGGGGAGGAGAGAAGUUCAAGCAGAUCCAGAGAUUCAGCCACCAAGGGGUCCAGCUUAUUGACUUCUCCCCUUGUGAAAGAUACUUGGUGACAUUUAGCCCCUUGAUGGAUACUCAGGAUGACCCUCAGGCCAUCAUCAUCUGGGACAUCCUUACUGGGCACAAGAAGAGAGGUUUCCACUGCGAGAGCUCAGCCCAUUGGCCUAUUUUCAAAUGGAGCCAUGAUGGUAAAUUCUUUGCAAGGAUGACCCUCGAUACCCUUAGCAUCUAUGAAACACCGUCUAUGGGCCUUUUGGACAAGAAGAGUUUGAAGAUCUCUGGAAUAAAAGACUUCUCUUGGUCUCCUGGUGGUAAUAUAAUCGCCUUCUGGGUCCCAGAAGACAAAGAUAUUCCAGCCAGGGUGACCCUGAUGCAGCUUCCCAGCAGACAGGAGAUUCGAGUGCGGAAUCUGUUCAAUGUGGUAGACUGCAAGCUGCACUGGCAGAAGAACGGAGAUUACUUAUGUGUCAAAGUCGAUAGGACUCCCAAAGGCACCCAGGGUGUUGUUACAAAUUUUGAAAUCUUCCGAAUGAGAGAGAAGCAGGUGCCUGUGGAUGUGGUUGAAAUGAAAGGUGCCCUCCUGGGGCAGGCCUGGCACUGUAUCUUGGCCAUAAAACUGGGCGUGCAGUCUUCACCCAGCGUGGCUUUCCUUUCAGAGAUGUUCGACAAGCAGCAGGCUAACACCAUCUUCUGGAGUCCCCAGGGGCAGUUUGUUGUGCUGGCCGGGCUGAGAAGCAUGAACGGGGCCUUGGCAUUUGUGGACACCUCAGACUGCACCGUUAUGAACAUCGCCGAGCACUACAUGGCCUCUGACGUAGAGUGGGAUCCGACUGGGCGCUAUGUGGUCACCUCUGUGUCCUGGUGGAGCCAUAAGGUAGACAACGCUUACUGGCUGUGGACAUUCCAAGGACGCUUACUGCAGAAGAAUAACAAGGACCGCUUCUGCCAGCUGCUCUGGAGACCACGGCCCCCAUCACUUCUCAGCCAGGAGCAGAUAAAGCAAAUAAAGAAGGAUCUGAAGAAAUACUCAAAGAUCUUUGAGCAAAAGGAUCGUCUGAGCCAGUCCAAAGCUUCAAAGGAACUGGUGGAAAGAAGACGAACCAUGAUGGAGGAUUUCCGGAAAUACCGGAAAAGGGCCCAAGAACUCUACAUGGAACAGAAAAAUGAGCGUCUGGAACUGCGAGGAGGGGUGGACACUGACGAGCUGGACAGCAACGUGGAUGACUGGGAGGAGGAGACCAUAGAGUUCUUUGUCACCGAGGAGGUCAUUCCUCUUGGGAGCCAGGAAUGAGCAAGCACUGUGUGUCGCUAUGCUCCACCCUGGAACCGAGGCCGUCCUGUACAGAAAGUGGCAGGGCCCCUGGACCUCACCUGUGUGUGCUCUGGAUGUGGGCACCCCUGGGCUCUUCCACCCCGACACAGCCUUGUGCCUUUAAAGCCCUGGUGUCCACAGUGGGGUUCGGUACUGCUUUCACAUUUUCUGUUUGGGUUUCUUCGACCACCACGUUCACUGUAUGGACUCUGCAGUGCCCUGCUGACUCCUUUCACUCCUGCUGCCAGGGACGUGGCCAGGGCUUUGUCCAGCUCAGCGUCUCUUCCACCUGCUGUCCCAUGCACCAGCCAGUGCCUGGUUCUGGAGAGCAGAUACCUGCCCCGGACAUGCCUCGGCCAGCCAGGUGUGGCUGGUUCUCUUUGCAGGUGAACAUGCAAAUAAAAACAAACCUGUAUGAAAAA